AUGGCCAUGGAGGAGCCACUCCUCUCAUCUCCCACCUCCUCCUCCUCCUUAGCUACCACCCCGCCCGUCCUCAUCCGAGUAACAACGAUCCUCACGCUCGCCGCCAUCUCCCUCUGGGCAAACUACGAAGCCUCCAGGAGCGUCGACAUCUCCGUCGUCAAUUCCGCUUAUGGUUCUCGCGCAGGCCGCCUGUUCGACCUCAAGUUCGCCUCCAACGGCAGAGCCCACCGUAUCAUACACCACGCGAGCCAAUUCGUCGAGCAGGUUCUUUACCCCGAUGAAGGGUAUCCUCGCAAGCCGAUCAACCACAUAACGCUGCGUCUCGCCAGCGACGACGACCUCCCCUUCCUCACGUCGGUCAGCCCAGGCUUUGACGCCGGGGAUUACACCAUCCGUCUCAGCCCAAUUCUCAUGUCGGCAGCCGACGCCGACGCCGCUGUGGCCGCAGCGGUGCACCGGGCGGUCGCCAAGCUCUGGCUGUGGGACGGCCAGCGCACGGCUCCGGAGUCACUCCUGGAAGCCGCAGCUGAGUACCUCGCCAUGGCAGCAGGCUUCGGUUCGAGGCCUAACAUCGCCUACGUUGUCGCCCUCGAAUCUAACGGAACACGCUGGUCUGCUGAAUUCCUACAGUACUGCGAAGCCAAGCGCAACGGGUUCGUCGCGGGGUUGAACCGAGGAAUGCAAGAAAGGUGGACUGAGAUCACGGCGGACGAGGCGUUUGGCUCGCCGGUCCGGCAGGUAUACGCCGCCUAUAGGUCGGCGCCACCAGGUCGCAUCAUGGAAUCCUCUGAUUCCACGACGGAUUCGGUGGAGGCGAGGCUGUCCAUGUGA